AUGGUAGCAAGGGCAUCCCGACCCAGCAUGGAUACGCAUCCCCAGGGACACCUCGGGGAGGUCUAUCAAGACGCUUUUCCAGACAACCACUUCCCUAGCGACCCAUCAGACGAUGACUUCGAUUACGAUUCGGAAGAAGAAGAAGAGAGACCAGAAUUCUACCCUACUUGUGGUCUAUGCAGGUUCUAUUUCGAGCCUGGCGACCCUGUUUGUAUAUUUGGAUCUGUCGGUGAAAACAUCCCGUUCCGCUGGAAGGGCGAGUACACGGUCCCCGUGGUAGAAUUCAGACGAAAUGGGGAGAGAGCAUUCCAUAUAAAGUGCGUCGACCUAGUCGACUCCUGUAUCAGUGUGUGGGAUGACCACAGGGUACGCUUCAAUCCGUACCUCCACCGGAUGUCUAUGAUCUCCGGUUCCAUCCCCUACUUCAUUCAACCUCCCAGAUCCUUCACGAACCAGCGCGGCCGGUGGCUACGCAACUCAAUCACUCACGACCUCCAGCAUGCUCUGAGAGGUCGUUUGCCCCCCGAGAUUUGCCAAACCAUUGCCAGCUAUUGUACGCAAGAACGGGCUACCCAGAUUAUCAGAGAUCUAUGGCUUGGUCACGGACAACGCUAUGAAACCUCCAUGAUGAUCCCGUUGGACGACACUUAUGGUGCCAGAUCUAUAAUGAUUCCCCUCGAUGGGAAUCAUCCCCUCUGGAUACGGUAUACGGAAAUGGAAGGACUUCGGUACGUUGAAUCCAUAUCCCGUAUUCAGCAACAUGAGAGUGACGAGUUGUUCUUCUCUCCUGACGACUACGCCGGCUCGCCUAUCAACAUCUACUUUGCUGAGGACCAUCGUGGAAUACGACAAAUUAUCAUCACAGAAUCCGAUGCGCCUCCUUCUAUACAUCAUGCAUCAGGUCUUCACUGGGUCAUCUGCUGCCGUCACCAGAAGCUGCCUUUCUGCCUUCGGUUCAAGAGUGAUGGCAUCAAACUGCGUGACUUUGUUAUCACAAAUCCUGAGAGACCUUCACCCAAAUGGGAUCUUAGACGUUGGGCCACGUUCCCCAGAAGUAUCGACACAUUUCCGCCACCCCCCUCUAUUUGUGAUGGCUAUGAUCGGAACCUCAGCUACUACGACGCAAUCCAGGCGAUAGACUGGAACGCUCCAGAUAUCUGUGGCUAUUACUUCUACAUUACUGACGGAGAGCUUCGUGGCAUAGUUGCUGUGAAGGAACGGGAUUCGCGCACCUCUCAUGUCGACGAGUACCAACAUGGCCACGUCGGGAAUGUAGUAGGUAUCUACUUUCCCGUGGGCCAUGGAGAGCGGGUUUCGGAGCUAUGGCUCCGCACGGGAGAGUACGGUGACGACGCCAUUGAAGCAGAUACCAUGAUACUCCGCACAAACAAGGAUCGCAGUUGCGUUCUCGGUCUUGACACAAGCAGCUUCUGGCUCAGGUUUGACAGCAAAGAAUCGAAGAAGUUCACCUACAAGAAACUCGCAAGUUUUCCACCAGUCGGCCAAACGCGAAUGUUUUACUCCAGGUCUGGACACUGUAAGACCUGGCUGGCUUUUGAUAAGCCCACCAAACUCGAGGUGUGGUUAGGUCAUGGAGAGGUCACUACUUGGACGGGCGAAAUCGAGGUCUCGCUUCCAUUCCCACAUGAUGAGCCAACGUCGAACAACAUAUUUCACAACAACUACCUUGUGGCAUCCGCCCCCCUCCAUGGUGUCAGGAGUAUAACUGCUUGCCGGUCUUGGGGAAAGGAUUUUUUAGGUUGCACAAUCGUGGGUCUUCUCCUGACUUAUAUCGAUGGCAGUCAGCGGUGCGUCGGGCUGGUUCGACCAGAUCAUCUAGAAGCCCCGAUGGAAGUUCGUUCAGGCAAGAUCUGGCUCGGUUCCAGAAAGUGGAAAGGCGAAAGAAUCCGUCCAGGCCCCUUAAUACGAACCAUCAAGUGUGUUCGUGUAAUUGAGCCCGAGCCGUCGGAGAACAAUCUCUAUGAAUAUCUCGAAGUGCAGAUGUCAGGGAGACUCGACUGGUACUUUGACCAUGUCGUAAGUUGCGGCCUGGCCCCUCGUACCGAUGUCGGCGAGAGACCCGACGAGAUGAAAGCAGUUUUGGACCGUCAAAGCCACCUGCGCGCGUCCAAUAUCAGGGCUUUUGAAGUCAAGAGUUGGCCAGUGAGAAAUGGCCUGAACCUAAGAGGACAUUUCUUCUGUAACCUGCCUGGCAAGUUGGAUAUGGAGGCAAAAAAGAAACGCGAACCUAACAAACUUCGCAAAAACCCACCUGAUCCAUCUGAACAAGAUGACUCGAGCUGGGGCUCGUGGAUGUCUGUCCGCUCACUGCCUCUGAGCGUACAGCCGUGGCUAACGCCUCCUCCCGCUGCUGUAUCCGUCGGUCGCCUACCAGGUAUUGGAGAUAAAGCUCCCUUGGAUAAAACUGGCAAGUUGAGGCUCGGGAGGAGGACGUUGCUUGUGUUUUUACGGUGUGUUGGUUGUGCAUUUGCUCAGAAAACAUUUAUUAAUCUACGUACAAUGGCAAAUCGGUACGGCGACGCACUAACAUGCAUAGCCGUUUCCCACGCCUCAGAGCAAGCAACAAAGAAGUGGGUAGAUCUUCUAGGCGGCGCAUGGAGCGUGCGCGUAAUAGUCGACGAAGAGCGAGCGCUCUACGCAGCAUGGGGUCUGGGCACGAGUAGCAUGUGGUACGUUCUGAACCCAUCGACGCAAGUGCAGAGUUGGAAAGAGACGGGGUGGUUGGGUGAGAAGGUAGCUGGUGCGAUACAGGGGAAAACGCAAAAGCCCAAGCCGAAACCGGUUGCGACUGUGAAUCCUGUUGAAGAGGAGGAAGAGGAUGAGGGUCCUUUGACCACGAUGGGGAAUAAGUGGCAGGAGGCGGGUGCUUUUGCGAUAGAUGGGACAGGGACGGUUAUUUGGGGUGGAAAGGCUGCGAGGGCAGAUGAUGUUAUGGAACUUGAAGACGGUGCGAGAAUCUUAUUAGCCUAG